AUGUCCUCACUACAUGCAUCCUCAGAUAAGAAGAUUGAAACAGUAGGAGAUUACCAGAUUAAGAACCGUAUUGGACAAGGAUCCUUUGCAGUCGUAUACAAAGCGCAGCAUAAAGACACUCAUAAAACAGUCGCAAUCAAAUGUGUAAAGAGAUCCAAAUUGACAAAGAAACUACUGGAAAACCUGGAAUCAGAGAUAUCCAUUCUUACAGCGAUAAGACAUGACAAUAUUGUUGGUUUGAUUGAAUGUCAGAAAACCGAUGCCCACAUUUACUUGGUCAUGGAAUACUGCUCAAUGGGUGAUCUAUCGCAUUACAUUAAAGAAGUUCGCUCAAACAAAGCCAUGAAGGGCCCCGCAGGAGGUUUACCAGAAAGAGUUGUUCGCCACUUUCUAAAGCAAUUAGCAAAUGCAUUGCUCUUUUUGAGGUCACAAAAUCUCAUACAUAGAGAUAUCAAACCCCAAAAUCUGUUACUGACUCCUUCAGAUACCCCUAACGACGAUUUACCCGUAUUGAAAGUAGCUGAUUUUGGUUUUGCUCGGAUCUUGCCUAACGCUAGCUUGGCUGAUACCCUCUGCGGCUCACCACUGUACAUGGGACCAGAAAUCUUGUCCUAUAAAAAGUAUGACGCUAAAGCAGAUUUAUGGAGUGUGGGUGCUGUUCUAUACGAAAUGGUCACUGGACGACCUCCAUUUCGAGCUCAAAAUCACAUUGAAUUACUAAAGAAGAUCCAAGAAAACAAUGAUAAAAUUCAGUUCCCUGAUGAACGCCACAGUGAUAUCGUGAUAGGGAGUGAUUUGAAAGAUUUAGUCCGAAAGCUACUCAAGAAGAAUCCAGUGGAAAGAGCGUCAUUUGAGGAGUUCUUUAAUCAUCCCGCUAUUGUAUUGCAACAACCUCAGCAACAGCCUCAACUCAUCCACAGAAGAGCCAGCGUUCAAGUGCAAAGAUCAUCCUCGAAGUCCAUCCAAUCUCAAUCUGCUCCUCCACAACAUCAACGUCUCAAGACAGGCAGCUAUGAACCACCGCCAUUUGCCCAAAUCUCAAGCAGUAAACCAGAUCAGAGAAGAUGGUCGUCCAAUAAUGUGAGAACCAAGAGUCCUGACGCCAUUUCGCCGCUUUAUUCACCAAAUCGUCCUGCGAAAUCUGAAGGCAGAGAUCAACAACCGUGGACACCGUCGUCGCCGUCCCAACCUAGUGGCAGUUUGAUUCAUUCAGGCACCAGACGUCAAGGCAGCUCGAAGAAGGAAGAGGAGGACAUGUUGCAAGAAUACGUGGUGCUUGAUCUCCGUUCCAUUGAAACAAAUCAAUUUGCGGAUGAACUGAAAGCCACGCCUCCACGACCCACACCCUUGAAUGAACGAAGAUUGUCCAAAUCACCCAGCAGCGCUGCGACAUCGCACGCCGUGAAUAUACCUACCGCCACAGGCACGACAAGUGCUAAUAUAUCACCUUCGUCAUCUCCCUUCAUCAGAGAAAGAAAAUCGAGCACAGGUUCAUCCGCAGGAUCAGCACUUGCCAAAGCCAUCAGCAAGGCAUCUGUCAGAUUGUUUGGCACAAGUAUGCCCUCACCACCAAAGGAACCACAUCAUUUAGUGGGAUCACCUCAUGGAUUUAUGUCAUCAUCAUCACACGAUCAACAACAUCGUCAUCGUCAUCAGCCUACAAACCACACGAUAAAGCGCAUUGAAGGUAUGGCAUGUAUGGCACAUGCUGUGGCAAAGUAUGGUGACCAAAAAUACGAGCUAUUACAAAACAAUAACAAUGCAAGUGGCGAUAUGAAGACUUUAUCAGAUGAAACAUCAGCAUUGUUCCUCAAAGCAUUAGCGUUGAUAGAAGUUGGGUUAUCUGUUGCACAACAAUACUGGUGCUCAGAUCUGAUUGACAUUGAAGAUGAGGAAGAAAGGAAGAUUAUGGCAGGCAGAUUAUAUGAUGCGGUGCAGUGGAUGCGGGAAAAGUUCAACGAGAGUCUAGAGAGAGCUGAAUCAAUAGAAACUGAUAUGAACGCAUCGGUGAAUGUCAAUAAUUCUGCAUUUGUUGAUAAGCUAUUGUAUGACAGAGCUUUGGAAAUGAGUCGGGCUGCAGCGGUUCAUGAACUGGUUGGAGAGAAUAUCACUGAAUGUGAACAAGAUUAUCAAACGGCGAUAUGGAUGUUGGAAGCCAUCUACCAAGUCCGUCCCAGAGGGGAGAUGGCAAUCGACGAAAAUGAUCGACUCAUUAUCACUAAAUUCAUCAAUUCUAUUCGUCAUCGCAUAACUGUUCUGCGAAAAAAGAUGAUAUCGGAACGAGCGUAA